CCGUCCUCCUGCACCCCGCUGCCCGCACCGUAUGUGUCUCUCUGUCGGACAUUAGCAGAGAAUAAAGCGUCCGAGCUGUCCGUACCUUACUAAGCUCGCCUUGGCCGGGACAAAAUCCGCUAUCAGCGUCCUAAAGACUGAGGCGGGGUCCGUGCAUCGCGGGGCAUUCAUGGCCUGAUCUGGACCCGGCGGCGGAGCAGCUGCAGCCGAACGCCUCUCGAGAUGCUCCGGGCUCUCUUCUGCAGACGCACAAUAACACCGACGCCGGCCCGGGGAUACAGCGAUGUUUUUCAGACGGAGAGCCAGGAUGUUGCGGUGGCUGGUUGGUGGUCGGGUGGGUCCAGUCUGGAUGUGGAAAGCGCUGCUGUUCUUUGUCGCCAUUGGCUUCGCUGGCCAGUUGUUGGGGGUCAUCUUCAACAAGAGCAUCCACACAGCUGGUCGCUCCAUCUUCACGUCCCCUGAUGCCCAGGGGCCCUCUCUGGGCUCCUGUCAGCCCCACACACACAUCAUGUUCCUCAAGACACACAAGACCGCCAGCAGCACUGUGCUCAACGUGCUCUACCGCUUUGGGGAGGAGCGCGACCUCCGCUUCGCCCUGCCACUGGGCUACCAGCUGGGAUAUCCCCUCCCAUUCAACGCCCACAGGGUCAAAGGUUACAGAGGUCGUGGAGCUAUGGAGUACCACAUCAUGGGCAAUCACAUGAGAUUUAACAAGCCCGAGGUGGAGAAGGUGAUGCCUGCAGACACGUUCUAUUUCUCCAUCAUCAGGAACCCGGUUGCUCUGGCCGAGUCCUCCUUUGCUUACUAUAAAGAGGUAGCACCUGCCUUUCGGAAAGCCAAGACCUUGGGCGACUUUGCUGACGACCCUAGGAAAUACUACGACCCUCGUCUGCGCAACAACCACUAUGCCCGAAACUUGUUGCUGUUUGACUUUGGCAUGGACCACAAUGCCAAUUUCUCAGAGGCACUGGCUCAUCGAGCUGAGCAAAUGAUCCGCCAGACCUUCAAGCUGAUUCUAGUGUCCGAGUACUUUGACCAGUCCAUGAUCCUGCUGAGACACGCCCUCUGCUGGCCGCUGGACGCCGUCGUCUCGUUCAGCCUCAACGCCCGGCAGCAGAAGCCAAGCAUUCUAGGGGGGAUGAGCGGGAGCUGGGUGGGCAAAGUGGCGACGGCGGCCGGCGUCGCCGGUAAAGGAGGGCGCUCACAGGCCAAGACGGCCACCAAUGUGACCGAGGAGCAGCGGGAGAAGCUGCGGCAGUGGAACGGCCUCGACUGGCACUUGUACAAAACCUUCAACCAGACCUUCUGGGAAGAAAUACAUCGUUUUGGUCACGCCCAGAUGGAGGAGGAAGUAGCUCUUCUCAGGAUGCGCCGGGAAGAUCUGGCACGGGUUUGCCUCAGGGACGGCGGCAAGCCCGUGGAGGCUCAUCGGAUCCGAGACAAAAACAUCCGCCCGUACCAGAGUGGUUUGGUGAAGAUACUUGGCUACGAGCUCCAGCCGGGGCUGGACAAUGCCACCAGGAUGUCUUGCCUCAGGAUGAUCCGGCCCGAGAUCCAGUACAAAGACGUGCUGGAUGCGAAGCAGUUCCCGCGGCCUUUGGCGGGCCAACCCCAGCCUGUGCAACAAAACCAGGGUCCGAUGGUCGCGGCCGGCAGCUCUCUUUUAAGACAAGACUCGUCCAGGACAGGAGAGAGGUCGGUGGGAGGGGAGGCCGGACGGAGGACCGUUGAGGAGGUCGAGAGAGACUGGGCCAGAAGCCGCUCUAUGAGGAGAAACCAGACUUUGAUAGGGAGGCCAGAUAAAGGACGAUUUAGAUAAGGUGUGAGGCGAGUCUGGUUUCUUGAAACGGUACCUUUUGGUCUCUGAACAGAUGGACUGAUGAAACUGGAAACUGAGCCAGCUGCGGUUUACACAUGAGAAGACAGAAAAGCUCCGUCUUUGCACUUCCACUUUUUGAGUUGUUUGCUUGUUUCCCUACAGUAUUUGCUUUUUGUUCUUUUUUCAUGGAUUACUUGACUCUUGGGAUGAAAAGGGUUUUUUUAUAUAAGGAAAGGCACUUUUUAGGGCUGUCUGUACCUUCUGCCUGAAACCUGUUUUAUUCCCUGUUAAUGUUAAUACUUUUAAGAAUGAAAAUGUCCACGUUUCUUUGGCACACAUGCUUUAAACUUCUCGACAAAGUUACACGGAACCCCGGUUUUUGCCUCUCAUGCAGUAUCGUCACAUUGAGCUAAGCAACCGUUCUCAUAAUACAAAAAAAAGCCUGGCAAUCUUUGAAAAACAUUCCAGACAGUCCUUUCGAUUGUUGUGACAUGUAUCAAGGGAAAGCACGGCAGCCAGAAAUAUCAGUUACAGUCCCAUGUACAAACAUUUUAAAUAUUUAUUGAUUGUCAUGUCUGUCUGUAUUGAUUUUUACUUGCGAGCAUGAGCAUUUUCUUAUUUCUCUCCAAGGACACUAGACUUGGUCAAAACACUGCUUUUUUAAAACACGUACAGCAAGAAGAAUUUAUUUUAAUUGAGAGCGACUACACUAAAUGUCUUGAAAGCACCUUCUGGGUUUUUCCAACGAUUGCACACUUUGGCUCUGUUACUUGGGUAACACAUGAGAGGCACACAUUGGGGUCAGAGUGCGGUACAACACCAAUAUCCCUUUAUAAAGUCACUGUAUACUGGUACUUGUUCAUGGACGAAAACAAUUAAGAGUAAGUGUUCUGUUUCUCCGUCCCAAAGUCUUGAGUUCAGCUUCAAAGACACUGUGUCCUGUCCAGAGCCACUGACCUGAACCGCUUCUUAAAUAUCUCUCAAUAAUACAGGAGGUGAAAAACGAUCCGAGGCCCGUUCUUCUGUUCAGUGCCUUUCGGAGUCCUUCCCCUUUCCUUCCUUUCACCUUGUGCAUUACCAUGGUGACCCAUUUAAAAAAUAAAUUCAUGUUAUUGUUGACCAAAAUAAACAUCCAAUAUGUUGAAUGUGAA